ACUCAGCCCUCGGAGGUGACUGGGAGUGGAGGGAACUGGAGGGGAAUUUUGAGGCUCUCUUGUGUCCCAGCUCUGCUUCCCAACCUCCUGGUCCUCAAGAGGAAGAGCAGCACAGGUCCCACCGUCCUUGCGCUGCUGGUUCUGUGCCUUGGCUUGGACUCGUAACCACCUCCCUGACAUUAGACCCAGCAUCCCACUGGAGCUUCUUUCUAUGACCAGACCCAGGGGAUGACUUCCGCAGAACACCCCACUCCUUGGAAACACUCAGAAGACAAUGUCAGCUCAGUCUCUCCCUGCAGCAACGCCCCCUACCCUGAAGCCCCCUCGGAUCAUCCGCCCCCGACCCCCAUCUCGGCAUAGGGCUCCACACUCCCCGGGGCCUCCGCACAAUGGCUCCUCUCCGAAAGCACUUCCUCAAAUAUCCAAUGAUGCAUCAGCCUCAGUGUGCACCUCCAUCUUCUGGGAACCCCCCACGGGUUCCCUGAAGCCCCCUGCUCUUCUGCCUCCCUCAGUUUCUAGAGCCAGCCUGGACUCUCAGACUUCCCCUGACUCACCUUCCAGCACACCGAGUCCCAGCCCAGUGUCCCGGCGCUCCAUCUCCCCAGAACCAGCUCCCUGCUCUCCGGUACCCCCGCCCAAGCCCUCUGGAUCUUCCCGAACACCUUUGCCCUUGGGCCCCGUGCCUCUCCAGGAUGGCUCUGCCUCAGCCCCUGGCACGGUUCGCAGACUGGCCGGCAAGUUUGAAUGGGGAGCUGAAGGCAAGGCCCAGUCGGCAGACUCCCUGGAACGGUGCUCCCAAGGGAGCACGGAUGUGAAUGGGGAGAAAGAGACUCUCCAAGUCGGCCUUUCGGGGAAUGGGUCCCAGGAGAAUGGCACUCCCGAUGCUGCCCUGGCCUGCCCUCCAUGCUGUCCCUGUGUCUGCCAUGUAGCAAAACCCGGCCUGGAGCUCCGAUGGGUGCCUGUGGGAAGUUCUGACGACAUCCUCAGGGCUCCCUGCCGGGCAUCUCCACUCCGAGCCUCCCGCUCCCGUAUCAACCCUCCAGUCAUCAGUCACCCUCCAGUUGUGCUCACAUCCUAUCGCUCCACUGCGGAGCGCAAACUCCUACCUCCCCUCAAGCCUCCCAAGCCAACUAGAGUCAGACAGGACACCAGCACCUCUGGGGAGCUUCCACAGCCGGACCUGGAACUGCCUUCAGAAGAUGGAAUCCAAGCAGCUCCAAAGGCCUGGGAAGGGGACAGACCUGAAGAAGCUCCUCAGAACGCUCCUCCUCCGGUAGCCUUGGAGGGAAGGGAGGAGGAAGGGCUGGAGGGGCUGAAGGAGCUGCAGUGGGAGCUGCCCCUGCAGGACGAACCUUUAUACCAGACUUACCGAGCAGCUGUGCUGUCAGAGGAGCUGUGGGGUGUGGGUGAGGAUGGGGGUCCCUCUCCAGCUAAUCCUGGAGAAGCUCCCACCUUCUCCAGGCUCCCUGGACCUCGAAACACUCUGUGGCAGGAGCUCCCGGCUGUGCGAGGCAGUGGUCUCUUAGAGAGUCUAAGCCCCCAGGAAAGGCGCAUGCAGGAGAGCCUGUUUGAGGUGGUGACAUCAGAGGCCUCCUACCUGCGCUCCCUGAGGCUGCUGACCGACACCUUCGUCCUGAGCCAGGCUCUCCGGGACACCCUCACUCCUCGGGAUCAUCAUACGCUCUUCUCCAAUGUGCAGAGAGUCCAGAGUGUCAGUGAGCGGUUUCUAGGAACACUGCUGUCACGUGUUCGUUCCUCCCCACACAUCUCUGACCUGUGUGACGUGGUGCACGCCCACGCAGUUGGUCCUUUCUCCGUGUAUGUGGAUUACGUUCGGAACCAGCAGUAUCAAGAGGAGACGUAUAGCCGCCUUAUGGAUACAAACGUGCGAUUCUCUGCGGAGCUGCGCAGGCUACAGAGCCUCCCCAAAUGCGAGCGGCUCCCACUGCCAUCUUUCCUGCUACUGCCCUUCCAGCGCAUCACCCGCCUCCGGAUGUUGUUACAGAAUAUCCUAAGCCAGACAGAGGAGGGGUCCAGUCGUCAGGAGAAUGCCCAGAAGGCCUUGGGUGCUGUGAGCAAGAUCAUUGAGCGCUGCAGCGCUGAGGUGGGGCGCAUGAAGCAGACUGAAGAGCUCAUCCGACUCACCCAAAGGUUGCGCUUUCACAAAGUCAAGGCUCUCCCGCUGGUCUCCUGGUCACGGCGCCUGGAAUUGCAGGGGGAGCUGACCGAGUUGGGGUGUCGGAGGGGUGGUGUGCUCUUCACCUCCCGCCCGCGCUUCACUCCCCUCUGCCUGCUGCUCUUCAGUGACCUGCUGCUUAUAACUCAGCCCAAGAGUGGGCAGCGGCUGCAGGUUCUGGACUAUGCCCAUCGCUCCCUGGUGCAGGCCCAGCAGGUUCCUGACCCAUCUGGACCCCCUACAUUCCGACUCUCGCUUCUCAGCAACCACCAGGGCCGCCCCACCCACAGGCUACUCCAAGCGGCCUCACUGUCAGACAUGCAGCGCUGGCUAGGAGCCUUCCCUACCCCAGGCCCCCUUCCCUGUUCCCCAGACACCAUCUAUGAGGACUGUGAGUGUUCCCAGGAGCUAUGUUCAGAGCCAUCUACACCUUCCAAGACUGAGGGGCAAAGUCUGGAGUCCAAGGCUCCCCGAAAGCAUCUGCACAAGAAUCCAGAAGGUUGGCUUAAGGGGCUUCCUGGAGCUUUCCCUGCCCAACUGGUGUGUGAAGUCACAGGAGAACAUGAAAGGAGAAAGCAUCUUCGCCAGCAUCAGAAGCUCCUUGAGGCUGCAGGACCCUCUUCAGACACUCCUGACACCCCUCAACCUUAGGGCAGCCUAGGGAGGAACAGAUUGGGACACUGGCAGCAGCAUGGGGAAGACAAAGUCUGCCCAUCCAUCCAUCAACCAUCCAUCUGUCCAUCCAUCCAUUUAUCUGCUGUCAGUGGAAACACUACCUCUAGAGGCAACCAAUAGGAAUAGAGCAGCUAAUGAAACAAGACCAUCUAAGCCCACAACAAGAAAGAAUGGGGACAGCUCGAAUUGUGUUGCCAAUGGAGACAGAGGCCCUGGCCAGUGAGCAUCACAGUAUGUCUACAACCAUGGAAGAUGAAGCAGGGGCAUUGUAUUGAGAAAUGGUGUCAUUGGAGUAGUCUGUCCUAUAGACAACAGGGAUGGGAUGGGACCCAUCCAGCCAAAGUGAUUUAGGCCCAAGUAAUCAUUCUUGGUUUUACAGAAGCUACUGGUCCUGCUUUUUGAGUAUAGGAAGUAUUAAAUUAAUCUAAUACUUCUGUUUUGGGGCUACUUUCUCUGCCCGCUUAAACCACUUUCUUUCUUCUAGAAGAAUCCAGAGUGGAGACUGCACCUCAGAGAACAUGAGUGCAUGUAUGUCCAUGUAUAUGUGUAUCUAGGAAGGCAACUGUGCUGAAUGGUGUGUGUGUGUGUGUGUGUGUGUGUGUGUGUGUGUGUGUGUGUGUGUGUGUCUAUGAGAGAGAGAGAGAGAGAGAGAGAGAGAGAGAGAGAGAGAGAGCACAUACCUCUCCUGUCGGUGACUGAAUACAUCUUUUUCUUUUUCUCUCCUGUUUAUCCUCUCAUUUUCUACAAAGAAGCCAUAUGCCCUGAGUUCUAAAAGAGAGUACCAAUCUUUAGCUUGCCUAAAGAUUGGGGCUGUGAUGAGAGCCAUGGAUUCUGGUCUCUUGGUACUCUCUGGGUUCUAUGACAGUUGAAGGGUGGUAUCGUGAAGCAGUUGGUGGCCUGCCAAGGAAGGCACUGAGGACUAAGCAGUUGGGGAAUGAGAUCCUCUGCAGUCUGUGGGCCUCUUCCUGUUCCAAGCAUUGACCUCAGUGAUCCAUGUCUGCUAUGCAUCAUCUCCCAGCUUGAAUUGUCAUCGUGAUGCCAGCCAGCCUCAGCCUCAGGCUGCAGAGCAAGGUGGAUCCCAGGCCAGCCAGCAACAAUCCUGAGCCUCUCCUAUCCUGAUCCUUUCAGAAGCAGAAGGCUGAACUCAGGAGAGAAUAGAGAACUGGUGGUGUUGCUCAGACUCAACCAAGGUUUGUGCUGGAGAACCUGUCCUGUGUGGUGCUGGAGAGGUGAAGGCGAAGACAGUAGAACAGAGAGUUGCUGGGCUUGUGGCAAGGGCUUCCUAGAUCUUCACAACUGUGCAAUACUGUUCCUUCAUGCAUGACAACCUGCCCAGAUAGAGACUGCCCGGAUGACUAUGGGAGGGGUACAAUGACUCUGGGGACUUGAAGACAGAAGGGCACUUUGCGUGUCCAUAGUUUUCAUCCAGCAAAGUGCCAGCCACAUGGGAAACCUUCAAUAAAUGUCGGUGGCAUCAUACCAGGGCUCUUCAGAGCUGGAAAGAGCAGUGGUCUACAAAUAAAGUUUUGUGUGGGGGCA